CCUCCGGCCGGAAGCGGCAGUGGCGCACGAGCCGCCCGCUUCCUUCCCGCCCCUUGGCUUCCGGUGGUGCCGCGUUUCGGGCUGAGAUUCGUCAACAUGGCGGGUACUCUGAACCUCUUGCUGGGAGGCCGUGUCUGUGCUGCCGUCGCUCGCUGCGGGUUCGCGACCCGUGGGGUAGCAGGCCCGGGCUCUGUCGGCCGCGAGCCGGAUCCCGAUUUCGACUGGGAGCCAGAGGAGCGGGAGCUGCAGGAGGUGGAGAGCACCCUGAAACGACAGAAAAAAGCCAUUCGGUUCCAGAAAAUUCGGAGGCAAAUGGAGGCGCCAGGUGCCCCGCCCAGGACCCUGACGUGGGAAGCCAUGGAGCAGAUCCGGUAUUUACAUAAGGAAUUUGCAGAGUCCUGGUCAGUUCCCAGAUUGGCUGAAGGAUUUGAUGUCAGCACCGAUGUGAUCAGAAGGGUUUUAAAAAGCAAGUUUGUACCCACAUUGGAGCAGAAACUGAAGCAGGAUCAAAAAGUCCUUAAGAAAGCUGGGCCUUCAGGCUCUGGGGAUAACUGGAAGCUUCUUUCUACAGGCCGCUCCAGGUCGGGCUCUUUGCUGGUCCCAGGGGGUGAAACCUCAUCCCAAGGCCAGGGUCACAGCACAACUUUGAAGAUGAUAGAAUCGAAUAGUCACAGCACAAACACACCAAGGAGACAGAAGGGAAGGAAUAAAGGAAUCCAGAGCCUGGAGAAGGAGAGCUUUGUGCCUGUCACUGCAGCCCUGGGUCAUCAGAGAGAGCUGCAGAAGUACUCCACCAGCGAUGGUGAGGCCACCAGAGGACCUGACAGUGAUGGAUUGCCAGGUGAGAAGCAGCUGGAAGAGUUGAAGGCAGGGGAACCAGGUGAGCAGAACUUCAGCAGCAAAGUAGUGCAGAGGGGGCGAGAGUUCUUUGACGACAAUGGGAACUUCCUGUACAGAAUUUGAACUGGAGCCUGGCUUGUGGAGAUGCCACGUGAAACACAGCUGGGCAAGUAUAUUUGAACUGCCUGGAUUUCUGUGCAUGGGUUAUCCGCUGGAAGAGGAGGAAGUGAUGAACCUUGUAUGCAGGAGGAAAGAGCUGCUUGGGUUGGACUCUGACAAGGGGUGGUGAACUCCACAAGGCAGAUGUGUAUGGAUGGGGGCAGCGUGAAUGACCGGCUGGGUGGAGUCCAGCGUCCUGGAGCAUUCCUGGUCUGACUCAUAUGGAUCUUCAGUGCUCACCCUUCCUGCAUAGGCACUCUGUGCGUUGAAACCAGCCAGUGGUGCAUGUGUUAUUAGGAAUUUUCUGUGGUACUUGCAAUAUGUUUGGGAGGAAAUGCAAAGUUUGCCUUCUGACCUCAUUUACUUCUUGACUAAUGAACACUAACAGUUAUGGAACUGCUUAGUCAAUAGGUUGUUUUCAUUAUGUGCAAAAUAAAGUGAAAUGUAGCAGUC